AUGAAAAAUGUGAUUUCUAAGGUAGUUUCAGAGGCUCUCUAUAAUUAUAUAGACCCUCUUCAAGCAAAUCAGCUUCAACUACAGAUUUUCCAAGGUAAAGCAAAGAUUGAGAAUCUUUUAAUCAAAGAAUCUGCACUUGCUUACCACGAUUUACCUUUUUCAGUGACUAAAGGUAUCAUAGAAGAAACAAAUAUGACUAUUCCAUGGAGCUCACUCCAAUCUGAACCAUGUAUCUUAGAAUUACGAGGAGUUUACAUUUUUGGAACUAUCCAAGAAGAAGUUUUUGUUACAUCACAAUUACAACUCAAACGAUCAUUACUUCAAGCAAUAGAAUCUCAAGCGGGAUCAGCUGAUUCUUCUUCAUCCAAAAAAUCGACAUCUUCAAUUUCGAUAAUUUUAAACAAUAUCCAAGUAAGCAUCAAAGAUAUACACAUAUGCCUCGAGAUAAAGACCAAAUCAGGCAUCAGCUAUGCUGGUCUCACGUUAAAAGAACUUUUAUUAUUCACAUGCGACGAAAACGGACAAAACAGAUUCUUUAAGUCCGAAAACGAACAUCAGUACAGAAAGUUAACCAUUGAUUCGUUAUCACUUUACUUAGAUACCAACCCCGAACUAAUAAAUUUUGAAAAUUUCAAUCAACAAAUGCAUGAUUCGAUAUUAAAACCACACCAAAAGAUCUUGGCCAACAUGUAUUUCUCGAAUAUCUUCGAAACAAAUGAUAAACUCGAUGCCGAUUUUCGAUAUUCUUUCAAACUCGUUACAGAACACAUCAAAUUACAAAUAGAUGAACAACAAUACAUCAAUGCCGCAGAAAUGUUCGCUCAAAUGCAAAAAGUGAGACAGAAAAUCAGAUUCGGAACAUGUGGAAGACCAACAAUUUCUCCUGUAAAUGAAAUUGCAGCACAAAAAUGGUUUGAAUACGGAUAUCAUUGUAUCCAAGAACAGAAGAAUCCAAACAAACUACAUGUUGGAAAUAUUCUUGCCAUGUUGAAAAAUAGAAAGACUUAUUACAGUUUGUGGAAAGAGAAAACAACAAUUGGAAAUAAAUUUUCUGGAUCAAAAAAUGAUUUGAUUUUGAAAAAACUCGAAGACAAAUUAGAAUUAAACACAAUUUUGUUUUUGAGAUCUUAUUCUGAGACGAAAAUAAGGAAAGAACAAUCAAAAACAAUGGAAUUCACUAAAGAAGAACUCGAACAACUUUCUAUACUUAAAAACAAAAUUUCUUCCAAUAAUAAUAUGAAUAUUAACUUGGAUAUACAAAAUUUAAUCAUUAAUUUUCAAACUCUUGAUAAAAAAGAUAUUGGAAGUAUCAUUUUCAACAAAAUUAAUGGAUUCUUCCUUAAAAAAUCUGAAGGAUCGAAUUCUUCUUUGUCUUUUUCAAACAUUGAAGUGUUUUCACAAACAAAAGCUUUACUUUCUCAAGAAGAAUUACAAGGAGAACAAACUUGUCGUAUUUUGUAUGAUUUUCAGCCGGAAAAUAUGAAACAUAGCUUGAAAUUGUUUAUUAAUCAACCACAUUUGACUGCUGACAUGGAAGAAAUAAUGAAAUUAGUUUCGUUCUUUAUUAAAACGAUGCCGAAGACAACGAAUUAUUUAGAAAGCUCAAAAGAAAUUUCGAAACAAGAUGUCAAGAAAUUAUUACAAGAAAGAAUUAAUUUUGAUUUUAAUUUGAAAUUGGAAAAACCUGAAAUUGUUGUUCCUUCCAAAUCUAAUUUGGUUUUGAAUCUACAAAACUUGGAAAUUAAGAAACAAGACAAAUCUCAAGACUUGUAUGAUUUUUAUGAUGUUUUUCUCAAUAAUUUUUCUGCAAAAAUUGGAAAUGACGGUUUAACUGAAAAUUUGUCGGUUAAAACGGUUGUUGGAUUGCCAAUUAUUGAUUUACCUGAUUUGGAUUCCAUUAAGAUAUCAACAGAAAUACCAGAAAUCACCGUGAAUCUUUCCAAACAGAAUUAUUUAGAUUUUAUUUCGAUUUUCAAACCUUUGACAAAUUUGGAUUUCGAAAAAAGUGACAAAAAUCAGAAAACUAAAACCGAGAAAAGUAAAACUUUUGAAAUGCUACUUAAGAAAUGCAACAUAAAAGUAGAUAAUGAACAAAAUAAUUAUGUCUUUGUUUUGGAUAAUUUCAAAGCAAAAAGUGACAAAAAUAUUUCAGUUUUAUUUGAUAAUAUUUCUUUGACAAAUGAUGAAAAAGAAAUUGUUGGAUUACAAAAUGUUUCAUUUUCAACAAUAGAAGAAAACGGAGAUAUAAAAGUUGAGAAAAUCAAUAAUUUUGUUAUUGAAGAAUUAAGUUCCCAAUUUUUGAUCAAAUCAAUAAUUAUGAUUUCAAAUUUGUUGAAAGAUGAAAAUGAGAAAAGUGAUGAUUUAGUUAUUAACUUCGAUUACAAGGAUAAAUUGAAUAUAUCAAUGAUAGAUAGAAACAAUUCUCAACUUGGAAAUUUGAUUUUCUCUAAUUUACAAUUGAAAAUCAAAUUAAUUAAUGAUGAUGUAAUUUUGUACUUCAAAUUAGAUGAUACUGAAGUGUUUUUGGCUGAAAUUAACUCUAAUUUCAUUAAAUUAGAUAAUAACACAGAAAUUGAAUAUAUUUUUGACAAAAAAGUGACAUUAAAUUCUACAAAAUCGGAAAUUGGUUUUGAUUUUUAUGCAAUGAUGAAUUUAGUUGAUUUCUUUAAUAGAAUUAUUGAUGCAGACACAAUUAAAUACGAAGAUGAUCCAUUAACAUUUCCUUAUUUGAAUUUUGACAUCAAUUUACAAAAAAUUGAUUUGAAAAUGUUGAUCGACAAAAAUCCAGAAAACUUCAUUAUGUAUAAUCUGAAUGAUUUGAAGUUCAAUUCCAAUGAAGUUGGAAAUCUAAAUCUCAAAAUAGAUGCAAUAGAAAGUGAAAAUUUCGCAAAAAUCAACAAUUUCGAAUCAACAUUUAAUUUAAUUCUCAAAAACGAAUUACCAGAAUUGAAUUUAGGAGUUGAUGAACAAUUCACAGAGAGAUAUAAGAUAUCAAAAGACAUCUUUUAUAUCCAUUCUAUUACUUCUAAUAUCAAAAUUCCAAAUUUGUCAUUAAAUUUGUCAGAUGACAAAAUUACAGAAAAUUUGUUGAAAUCCAUCAAAUUCGUUUUUGACAUUUUGGCAAAGCCAGAUUAUUUCAUUUUGGAAAACAUUGCCAAGAUUGAUUUGGAUGAUGUUUCUUUAUGUCUAUAUGAUCAACAAUUGAAAGCAAACAAAAUUACUUAUAGUUUGCAAGAAAAGUGCCAAAAUAUCGGUUUUGAUUCAAUUGACUUCAAUUCAAAAUUCCCAAUAUUUAAACGCAGAGAAAACAUUAAAAAUCAAAGCAAAAUAAUGGAGAUCAAACUAAAUGAAAAGCGUUUUGAAUUGAAAUUAAAUGAUUGUUUCAUUGAAAUUGUUCCAGAUGUUUUUCCUUUAAUUGAAAAGCUCCAAAAAUGUCCUUUUGUUACGUUUGAUUAUGGAUUUGGAGAUGAUCAAAACAUGGACUUUAAUUUGUUGUUGAAUAAUAUAACAGUUUGUAUUCCAAGUGAUCUUGAAAACAAUGGACCUUGUUUGUUCUUUGACAACUCAAAUUUACAAAUUUACAUAUCAGAAAAAUCCCAAAGAAUUUUGAUAACUUCUAUUCAAAUUGCUUUUUCACAGUUUUCAGACAAAAUUUUACUUUAUCCUCCAAUUCUUUCUGAUUUCUUGUCUGAUAUAAUUGUUGAAAAGAAAGGCGAAGUGACUAAUUUAUCACUCUUAGUUUCCGAUUUUAAUUUAUUUAUUUCUGCUGCAGAUAUUGCAACAUUAAUUUUAGUUAUCAAAUCUGUUUUGUCAAAAUUGCCAAAAUUUGACACAAAGAAUGUUGCACAAGGUUUCCUUGUUGACAACAUUAAAUUCAACAUUGGAACAAUGACAUUGACAUUCUGUGAAGACAACAGAUCAAUUUUACCUCCUUUACCAUUCAUGAGAAUUAUAUUACCAAAAACUAUUUUUACUGUUAAUUUGCAAAAGAACCAAAAGUUUUCUUUCGAAUACACAUUUAAUUCCAUUGAUUUAUUUAAUGAAACAACAUCGAAUUGGGAUGUUUUAGUUGAACCAUUGAGUUUUGUUUUGCAUGGAUCUAAAAGUGAUGGAUACGUCUUUAGUUUCGACAUUGCAAAUUCAUUGAACAUUAAUUUAAGUCAUAGAAUGCUAAAGAAAAUUUUGAUUUUCAGUGAAAACGUGAAAUCAAUCAAAGAAAAUAAAGGAAUUUACAAAGUUUUCCCUGAAUUCGAGAUCCUCAACAAAACUGCUAAAAAUAUCGACAUCAGUCUGUUAAAUGGUGUCACUAUGACAUUGGCUCCUGGUGAUGUUUUGCCAACUUACGAUUUGAAAUCAAAUAAAUCAUUAAAAGUGACAAUGGAUAAUGUCACUUUUUCAAUUACACCACAACAGUUGUCUUUCCCAAUGAUUCCUGAAAAGAACAUUGUUGUUUAUAAGUAUAUGAAAGAAAACGUAUCAGUUAUUGUUAUAACUUCAUCUAUUGUUGUUCAAAACAUGACUUCGCAGAAUUUGACUAUUUUUACGAAACAAAAUAAGAAUUUCAAAAUUGGAUACAUUGUUGAUUCGAAUUCUUUCACAGAGAUUCCUGAUUACAAUCCUAAAACUGAUGAUUUAGUCAUUGGAGAUAAAACAGCAAAAGCUAUUGACAUCAAGAAACUUGAUAAUAUAAUUAAUUAUAAAUUUAAACAUGAAGAUAAAGAAAUGUCAGUUUUAAUUCAAAAGAAAUUUGAAUUGUUACGAGGUUUGACUGUUAUUUACAUUAAUACACCAAUUAAAAUUGUAAAUAACUUACCAUUUGAAACGAUGUUCAGGUUGAAUGAAAAUCAAAACAUUCUGUUGAAAGAAAACCAAGAAAAAAUUGUUGAUUAUCUGAAAAUUGACAAAAACGAAAUUAAUGUCAAAAUUUUGAUGUCAAACGGUAUCGAAACAUCAGAUAAAAACACAAUUAAACUUCAGAAUGGAAUUGUUAGCCCAAUUAAAGUUGAUUCCACAUUGAACAUUGCUUGUUUAGUUACAGAAAAUGACGAAGACAAAGUUAAGAGUUUAGUGUUUUAUAUUCCUUGUAUUUUGUAUAAUGACACAGGAAGAGAUUUAUAUGUUUGCGAUAGCAAUGGAAACUCUUCUAGUUUUAGAGAGAAAGAUGACUUGAAAUAUAUUUUAUUUGGUCCAAUAAGUUAUUUCGAUGAUGAAAAACCUUCGAUGCUUUGUCAUUUAAGUGCUGGAAUAAGUUAUGAUAUUUCUCUUAAUCCUAUUGAUUGUUCUCUUUCUAAUGUUGAUGAUUUCGUAUUAUGUCCACUUAGAAAGAAUCCUUUCAUUUAUAUUCCUUUCCAUUUUUGUGUCAAAAGUGAUUCAAGUAAUGCUAAUGGAAUUAGAACACAAAAAGUGACAAUUACAAACCAUAUUACAUUGAAAAAUGAACUGAACUAUGAAUUCAAACUUCAACCAAUCUUUAAUAUAGAAGAAGGAAAACCUAUAGGUGAUCCUAUCGUUGUCAAACCGCUUUCUGAAAUGUCAAUUAAUUUUGUGACAAAAUCUUCUUGUUUUUAUUUCCAAGUUGAAAAAUUCAGGAAAGUACCAAUAUGUCUAAAUACUGCCAACUUUACUACAUUCAGAAUAAUCACAGUUGAUGAUGCUUUCGAACAGAAAUUCAUUUGUUUGUUGAUUAAUGCAAAUUCUUAUGGUUUGAAUGUCACUUUUUCGGAUGCAAGUUUGAAUUCACCAAUUUUAGUGCAAAACUUGUUAAAAGACAUUCCAAUUUGUGCUUAUCAGACUCCUGAUUCAACACCAUUUGUUAUUAUGCCAGAUGAAGUUAAACCAUUCGCAUUCGAUUACCCAGAACUGAACAAAGAUGUUUAUUUGAUGGUAAAUUCAACUGACUUGAAAAUUGACAUUUCCGAACUAAAUUCUUCGAAAGAAUUUAUGUGUAGAAAUCAGAAAAUUUUCACUGAAGUCAGAACAGAUGACAAAGGUUGUAAAACAGUUAUUGUUUCUUCUGAAAAACAAUCAUUACCCAUUUCAGAAAAUCUUCAUUUCUUCUUCAAUAUUCCACAGAUUUCAGUUGCUUUAAUUCAUGAAGAUUUAAGAGAAUUGGCUUUGAUAACAAUUCGUCAAAUCUCGAUGGAAUAUUCGAGUGUUUCCAAUCUUUCGACAAUAACAUUUACUAUUGACAGUUUCCAAUUGGAUGACAUGUUUGCUGAUGUUCCUCUUCCUGUUGUUUCAUUUUGUCAGAAAGAGUUUUUGUCGUUUGUUUGUGAAUUUUACAAUAAUACUGCUUUUGCAACUGCAUUCAAGAAUUUCGAAUUAAAAGUUAAUCCAAUUACUGCGUUUUUGGAUACUUCAUUCUUAAGUGAAAUCUUGAUGUUCUUCUCGACAGCAGUUAGAGAAAGCUACAAAUAUAACAAUGAUUUGUCAAAGAGAGAGAAUUUGUUGAACAAGAAAUCAACAAAUAAAAUGAUUUCUUCAAAUACAAUUUAUUCAUUUGACAAAUUCAAGAUCGAUCCAAUUCUUUUGAUCUUCUCGAUUAGAUCACAUACAAACAGAGUUCAUUUGUACAGAUUCUUCUCUAAAGGAAUCUACAUGGCUCCUGAUGUAACAAAUGCAACUUUAGAUUUGGAUGGAAUUGAAUUUAAUUCUGCAAGUUUCACUUCAUCUUUCUUGAUUUUCACUGUUUUUGAUGGAUUCAAGAAAUCCGCAAUGAAACAGAUAAUGAAUAUCCUUGGACACAUGGAUGUUCUCAUGAAUAUCUCUGAGAUUGGAUCCCUUUAUAAAAGAGAUAUAAAACAACUUCGAUCGGGAGACUUCAAAAACAUGAAGCCAGCAGUUUUAGUUGGUUCUUUGACAGGAACUGAAUCAUUUGUAAGAGGCACAAGUUCUUUGAUGCAUGGAUUCAUUGAAGGAGAUAAUAACAGAAGUAGUGGAGGCUUGAACAGAAAUGCAGCAGAAACAGUUGGAGAUGGAUUUGUUAGUUUUGGAAAAGGAAUCGCUUUGGGAUUUGCAGGAAUUGUUACGAAACCAAUGGAAGAAGGAAAGAAAGGUGGAUUCCUUGGCGGAUUGAAAGGUUUAGGAAAAGGAUUGGCUGGUGCAAUUGCAUCACCAUUCACAGGAGUUCUUGAUAUAGGAGCAGGAAUUGUUGGAGCAGCAAGGAAGGCAAUAGAAAACGACAACAUGACAAUUUCAAGGGAAAGAUGUCAAAGAUGUUUCUUCCAUUACACAGUGAAAAACACUUCGACUUAUUUCGAUAAAUGCCAAGAAGAAAUCCACAACAUGGACUUGUUGAGAUCAACAUACAAUGAUAUGAUAUUCAUUGGUGCAAUGACAGACAAUGGAGGUUCAAUUUGUGUAACUUUAUCAAGGAUAUUUAUUUUCGAUAAUGAAAACAAAAUAACUUAUAAUUCUAAGUUCAAACAUGUCGACAAUAUAAUGUGUAAUGAAAAGACAUUAAUAAUUAAAGUGUCUGACAAACUGAAGCCAAUUAAACUGAAUAUUGUUAAGCCGGAUAUCUCAGUCUUCCUUCCGGAUUUAUUAUCUUUAUAUUCUAUUGAAAAAUCGCUUGUUUAA